AUGCAACUAUCAUAUACUUGUCCGCUUGCUAGAAUAAGACCUCUUGUUGGAAGGUAUGUGCCACCUGAAGUUGUUGCUGUUUGGAUGCCACUUUUGCAUUUGUCAAAUUUCCAAAUUAAUGAUUUUCCUGAUCUUUCAGCAAAAAGCUUUGUAAUAAUGGUUCUCAUUCUCUCUACUGAUAGUGCUAGAAAGUGGCGAGAUCGUGAGUUGGAGCUUGUCGAUGUUGUUGCAGAUCAGGCAUAG